AUGUCCAACGAAGACCAAAACCCCAUGAACGUCUACGGACAGGGCGGACCGCCAAAUCAAGAUAACGCAGGUCAGCCGAAUCCACAGAACGAAUUUGGACCAAAUCCCAACCCUCUACAAGUUAAUGUAGAUAUAGACGUACUCAGUAGAUAUAUUGCAGAUAAUAUUCAACGUCAAGCUCCCCAACAUGUCAAUGCUAAUCGAGCACCAGAAAACACACCAUACCCCAUACACGCGAAUUAUAAAGAUUUCACUAGGUAUGUACCAGAGUUCGAUGGUACAACAAAAACAUGUUCCCUCAAUACUUUUAUUAAUUAUUGUGAAUCCGCAAGAGAAUACACUCAAGCGAUUGGCGAAAGACCAGUAGUCGCAUUACUGAGAAGUAAAUGCAAAGGCGUUGCAUGCGAAAGUCUAGAAAGUUUUACAAUUUCAACAAUCGAUGACCUCAUCAACAUUUUGAGAAGUAGAUUCAUUACAUCGAAACCCUUGUUCGCGUGGCUCGAGGAAUUAAACACUUUCGAACAAAAAGAUAAAGAAACAUUGCUCGCUUUCUAUAGUCGAAUCAACUUGCAUCUUACUCAAACUCAACAGGCCAUCGGCUUGUCAAAAUUGCAAGACCCGGAAGGAGCAAAAAAUUACGCUCGAGACAUGGCAAUAAAUCAAUUCCGUAGAGGCGUAAACCCAGCUUACAGCGCUCACAUACCUAUCACAGUCUUCGCUACCCUCGAAAGUAUUUAUCAACAGACAAUCGAAAUCGAAAAACUAGUAGGACCAAUAGAAAGAAAUAACAAAAAUCAAUCAACCUGCCUCCCUAUUAGUUCGCAAGAUAACAAAAACUUAAAUAAUAAAUCAAUGCAAAACGCAAACACGACCGGUAAACUUUGUAAAUUUUGCAAGAAAACAAAUCACGUUACGGACGACUGUUACGCUCUUGCAAAACAAAACAAACAACAAGAACAACAACAAAAACCUCAACAAUUACAGCAACAACAAACGACUGAAAACAAAAGUAGCGUAUCUUGCAACUAUUGCAAAAAACCGGGACACGUAAUAAACGACUGUCGUAGGAGAGCGUACAAUAACGGCAAAAAGGCUGCGGCGAAUGCAGGCGACGAUUUUCCUGUAGAAUUUGAUGCAAUACUUGGUCAUGAGACCCUCGGUAAUAGCAACGGUAAAAUUGACUGGAUGGAGAGGUGCGUGCAAAUCAAUGAUGUAAAAGUACCAUUUACAAACACCGAAUCAUUUCUUCUGCGGGCCAGACAGAAAAUGGUCAUGUUUGUUCGAGUGGGAAAUACUCUAGAGACAGGCUACGUACCCCGCAUAAGAUUUCCAGAAGGCGUUUACGCAGGCGAAGCAUUGGUGAAAAACACCGACGGCAAAGCUUACCUUUACGCUAUCAAUACCCUUGACAAAGACGUUAAAGUGGACGUUCCCGUUAUAUCCCUCUAUCCUUUUGAUAUGAGUACGGACGAAAACGAGGAACAGAACGAAGAUUCCGCAAUUGGCAAAGCUAAAAUACAUAGUAUCCCUUCUCGGACGCGAGAAAAUCGUGUAGAAAACGUGAUAAACCUUUUGCGCCUCGACCACCUUAAUGUCGAAGAGCGAGACGCGGUAAAUGCACUCGUUGCAGAAAACGCAGACCUCUUUCAUUUACCGGGCGACCCUCUGAAAUCAACUAGCGAAUGCAAGCAUCGAAUCUUAACAGUGAACGACAGACCUGUCAACACGAGACAAUACCGACAUCCACCCUUUCAAAGACCAGAGAUCGAAAAACAAAUUAACGAUUUAUUAGAACUCAAUAUAAUCGAACCAUCUAAAUCUCCAAAACUCAGCGAAGUCACGAUAGGAGACGCUUAUCCUUUACCCUUAAUAACCGAUAUCCUUGAUCAACUCGGCGGAGCAAAAUACUUUUCAAUUUUCGAUUUAGCAUCUGGAUUCCACCAAAUACAGAUGGAUCCAGCAGAUAAACAUAAAACAGCUUUUACAACCCCCCACGGUCACUACGAGUUUAACAGAAUGCCAUUCGGUCUAAAGAAUGCACCAGCAACCUUUCAACGCCUAAUGGACCUCGUACUUAAAGGUCUUCAGGGCAAUGAACUGUUCGUAUACCUGGAUGACAUAGUCAUCUACGCUCGUUCCUUAGACGAACACAAUAGUAAAUUCAAAAAAUUGGCCGAACGUCUACGAAAUGCUAAUCUUACUCUCCAAACCGAUAAAUGCGAAUUUUUAAGAACGGAAGUACGAUAUCUAGGUCACCUUAUAUCAGCUGAUGGCGUAAAGCCCGACCCUAAAAACAUCGAAGCGGUUCAAAAAUUUAACGUACCGAAAACCCCAAAAAACGUUAAAGAGUUUUUAGGACUUGCAGGUUACUACCGGCGUUUCAUAAAAAAUUUCGCAGCAAUAGCAAAACCAUUAUCAGAUCUAACGAGCAAAAAUGUCGAAUUCCACUGGAAUUCAGAACAUCAAUUAGCAUUCGAAACGCUGCGUGAUAAACUCUGCUCUGCUCCAAUCCUUCAAUACCCGAAUUUCUCCGAACCUUUCAUCGUGACAACCGACGCAUCUAAUUAUGCGGUCGGUGCAAUUCUUUCACAAGGCAAAGUCGGUCAAGACCCUAUGGUGGCUGCUGCCUCGAGGGUCCUAAACAAAGCGGAACGGAACUACUCCACCACCGAAAAAGAGAUGGUCGCAGUGCUCUUCGCAAUAAAAACCUUCAGACCCUACCUUUAUGGCAGGGAAUUCUUACUUCUAACGGAUCACCGACCACUUGCUUGGAUCGACUCAAUGAAAGAAUGCGAAGACAAUACAGUCGACGCGGUCUCUUCAAUUGCAACAGAUCAAGAGAUUUGCCCAUCCUCGGAUCAGAAAAUUUCUGAGGAACAGGACAAAUCCUUCAUAACCCUCGAAAAUAUACACUCCGAAAACUCUAACCCUGCUGAAUCAAUGGAGGUCACAUCACCACAUUGUCCAAACACACCUUCGGCCGAAUCCAGCACAGAAUCCGACGAAAAAUCCCUGUACUUUACUCCUCAAACCCCUCCAAUUCUCAGUGACCAUAUGUCACCAAGAAUAACUGAGAUCCCACAAAAACCUUUAGAAAAACGUACACAAAAAACGGCAGAAUUCACACCGCCCCUAGUAAACGUACGAAAAGGAAAUCGCACAGCACCACAAGCUCUCUCGAAUCAGGGAGUAAUCCAGAUGGGGAAACCCAAAAGAGCGAAACUCAGUCUCAAACAUGCGAUACACAGAACCCCGAAAACAGCCAGGAAGCACCAAGUGAUCUAA